CUCCUGCGCGUAGUCCCGCCUCCCGUUCCAGGUCUUGGCUUCGCUGUCCGCGUCUUAUUGCCGUGUCCACGCCCUGGUUCCCGAUGGAACUCCGGUACGCGGGGGCGGAAGUGACGCGAGUUCCAGGGCCUAGGGCCGUGCGGAGGGGCGCUGGCCGCCGCUCGGGGCCACUCUCUGAGUCUAUCCAGAGCAGCAUGGCUCUCCUCCUCCUCUUCGUCGUCGUCACGCAGGCGGCGAGCAGGACUGUGAUCAGCACCGCGAAGCCGCGGCUGUCAGUGCCUGUACCAACCAAUGUUAAAAUUGACGCCUAUAACUUGAAUACUGUCGUACGUUGGGAUUACCCGGUCAUGCCACAGACACCUGUUUUUACUGUACAGGUAAAGAAAUAUGGGAAUGCAAAAUGGAUUGAUGCCUGCAAUACCUCUGAUCCUCAGUGUAAUAUCUUUUCCAUGACUGGCGAUCCAUCAGUUGGUCUGUGGGCCAGAGUUAAAGCUAGGCUUGGACAGGAAGAAUCGGCCUAUGCAGAGUCAAAAGAAUUUAUUUUGUGCGAAGAAUGGAAAUUUGGACCACCUAACGCAAGUAUCAGACAGAAGGAAGACGAAAUCAUUAUUAAUAUAUAUCAUCCUUUAGCUGUAGAUGGAAAUGAGCCAGAAGCUAUUUAUGAUGAAGAAAAUUCUUGUUCUAUAUUCGUGUACAAUGUGUAUGUGAGAAUAAAUGGAAGUGAGACCACAGAGAGAAGUUAUGUACAAAAGGAAGAUGAUUGCAGUGAGACUCCGUGCAGCCUGAGUAUUCCAGUGUCCUCACUGAAUUCUGAGUACUGUAUUGCAGUAGAAGGAUUCUCAGAUGUAUGGCCUAUUAAAACUGAAAAAUCCGAAGAAUCCUGUGUUACUGUUCUCAGUCCGAAGAGCAUAGCAGAUUCUGUUUGGAUUCCAGUUGUUGCUGCUGUCCUCCUGUUUCUGGUACUUGCCCUGGUAUUUCUAUGUUGUAACGUUAAGGAGAUGAAUCCGUGUAAGAGAAAAAACAUCAUGUUACCCAAGUCAUUGGUGUCUGUGGUAAAAAAUGCCUCUUCAGAGGCAAAGUCGGAACCAAAGUAUGUGUCACCCAUCAGCUAUGAAGUAAUUGUCCCUGAAAAUGAAGGUGACAAGGUGAUCUGGGAAGAGCAGUUGUCACCAACAGUAACUUCAGGUACGCAUACGGAGGACAAUCUAGGAAAAGCAGAACACAGAGAAGUUCUUUCCAGUGAAACAGAAGUAGUGACCAUUGAAGAAAAUACUUCUGACACGGUCCCUGGCAGCCCCCUGACCUCCGUCAUCAGAGAGGAUUCUCUCCACUCAAGUAGUAACCAGUCUGAACCCGGCAGCGGUGCUUUAAACUCUUAUCACUCCAGAAAUGGUUCUGAUAGUGGCCUUGUAGAAUCAGACAGCUUAUCUGAUUCAGAAUUUCCUCCAAAUACUAAAACUGAAAUAAAGACAGGAGGACAGGAGUCCAUAAUGCUGAGAAAUACUACUACCUCCUUUGGUUAUAAUAAACCACAUGUGUUAGUGGAUCUGCUUGUGGAUGAAGGCGGUCAAGAGUCCUUGAUUGGUUACAGAGUCACAGCAGAUUCCAAAGAGUUUUCGUAAGAUCAACCAACCUGCACCAACUUAAAGGAUCUCCUUGCCCUAAAUAAUUUUUCUGCUUCGAUUUCAUGUCUCAGCAUGUUUUCAGAAAUUGUAUCUUCGUUGAUAUUAACCAAAUACAGUAGCUUGAUUUAGGUAAAAGGGUAAAGAGCCUAUUUCAUACCGUUGCAGGUGGUCUGAGAACAGCAAAGACUUUUUUUUAAAAAAAAACAAAACAAACCAACUGUCACAUAUGAACCUUUCCAUAUAGAUAGGUUAGCAGUAGCAGUGCGUACGCUCUAAUAACCCUGCUUCCUGUGAUAGUAGAUGCACUUCAGGAGAUAAAAUGGAUUUUUUCUUUUCUGUGCCUCCAUAUGUUUUUGGUGGUGGUUUGUUUUUUGUUGUUAUUCUUGUUAAGUUUAUAGUAUUUUUAAAUGCUGCCUUCAAAAGAAAUCGUGAAAGUUUUUCAAGUUGCAUUUAAUAUCGAAUUCAAACCAAUAGAAUUAAUAAACUAUGUAAAUAGAAUCAUGUAUAUAUAUUUUUUUAUGAGACAUUGUAUCAAGAUUUUAAAUAAAAAAUUUUUGAAUUUA